CCAUCGAUCUUGCUCGACAGCGCGGUGACGGCGGUGAAGGAGGGCGGACUACUUUUAGUCACCGCCACCGACAUGGCGGUUCUGUGCGGGAACAACUCCGAGGUUGCCUGGGCCAAGUACCAAUCGUACCCGCUUCGCGCCAAGUACUGUCACGAAGCCGCCGUGCGCAUCCUCCUCGCCGCGGUGGAGAACGCGGCGAUCAAGCACAAACGACACAUCGUCCCCGUGCUCUCGCUUUCGAUCGACUUUUACAUUCGCGUUUUCGUCCGCGUGUACACCAGUCCGUUGCAGAUGAAGCAAUCUCCGAGCAAGCUGAGUUACGUAUUUCAGUGCGUCGGGUGCGACACGUUUGAGCUCCAACCCGUCGGACGUCAGUCGACCAAGGGCAACGUCACGAAGUAUCACCCAGGCGCCGGCCCGGUGGUUCCGCAGCGAUGCCCGAACUGUGGCUGGCACUACAACAUGGGCGGGCCGAUCUGGAGCGACCCGAUCCACGAUAAAACGUGGCUAAAGAAUAUCAAGGAGGAAGUCGAAAAGAACAAGGACAGGUACCCGGGCUACGGAAAAGUGCACGCCUUGCUCACGAUGGCGCAAGAGGAGCUCCCUGACGUUCCUUUGCACUAUGAUCUGCACUCCAUGGGCGGAACGCUCAAAGCGACACCGCCGAACCACUGGCUCUUCAAGUCAGCCAUCAUCAACGCGGGCUAUCGCGUGAGCGGGUGUCACUCGAGCGCGCUCGGGAUCAAGACGGACGCGCCGGUGGAGACGCUCUGGGACAUCCUGCGAUGCUGGGUCAAAGAACAUCCCGUAAAGCCCUGUUCUGAAGCCACUCCCGGGCAGGCGAUUUUGAGUAAGGAGCCCGCGCACACCGCCAACUGGACCCGCGUACCCGGGGCGAUGAGCAACGCUCAAAAGGAUGGCGUCGCGAGAUUUCCUCAGAACCCGACUGAAAACUGGGGACCGAAGCGACGUGCGGGCAAGUACAAGGACGCUGUCUACGAGGCGAAGAGACGACGUGAGGAGGAGGAAGAGGAUUAG